AUGACUGCAAAGGACUUCCUCCUGUUUGGGUACUAUGGUGGUCUGGUGUAUACAGGGGUGAAGAAUUACAGCAAAGCUCUGAACAUGUUCCUGUACACGCUCACUGCUCCCACAAUGGUUGUCAAUGCAAUCACAAUGGCAGCAUACAAGAGAUAUGUGCUGGUCUCCCUCAUACAUGCUGGCUCUUUCAAGGGUCUGCCUAAGUACACAGCUGCAGCAGUCACACGCAGUACAAAAGCAGAAUGCUCACCGUAUCAGGACUUCGCAACAGCGUACAGCAAGUCUGAUGAGGAUCUGCGGAAGGCCGUCAAUUCUCACCAGCAGGCCUUUGCCGACGAUGGCAACACUGGCCUGGUGAAGCUGGCGCUGAAUGCGCGCACAAUGCGUGCCAUCCAGAAGCUGACGCAGACCUACCUCACGCUGUCCCUCGCGGAUAUUGCGGCCCAGGUGGGCCUGGGGUCAGCAGCGGAAGCCGAGCAGCACAUCCUGCGGAUGAUCGACGGGGGCCAGGUGUUUGCGCGCAUUGAUGAGGCGGCAGGGAUGGUCAGGUUCCUGGAGGACCCCGAGCGCUAUGACACUGCCAGGGUGGUGCAGCGGAUUGACGGGCAAAUACAGCAGUCAAUUGCCAUCAGUGGCCGCCUCAUGGACAUCAACCAGCGGAUUUCUGUGGACAAAGGAUAUCUGAACAAAAUUGGAGGCAAGGACAGGCAGAAUCGGAUGGAGGACAUUGGCGAUUUUGGAGCUGGCCCAGAGCAGAUGGCGUACCAGUUCAAUCCCUGA